GUAUACAAUGUUAUGUAAUGAUAAUGUAAUACAAAUUUUGUUUGAAAACUGAUAUAAUUUGAAUGUAUUUAUCAUUUAAUUGAUUAAAUAAAUUUUUAUAAAAAUAAUUAAUAAAAGUUAUGAAUAGUUUAAUGAAAAGUCGUGUUUUGCGGUCAACAAAAUGUAUUAACAGUUGUCUACUUCGUGCGGUUACACGGGUCGAGUGUAGGCCAAGAUUUAUUAUAACAACAACGAAAGGCACUGGAGAUCACCGAAGAAGUACUAUCAGACCCGAAGAGAUGGACAAAUUUGAGUCAUUGAAAGACAACUGGUGGAACAGAGCUGAUUUUGAACCAUUGCUGGCCAUGAAUGAGCUACGGGUGCCGUUUAUUAGAGAUGCAUUCAAACCGUCGGCGCCCAACACUGCUACACCAUUGGCCGAAAUCAGACUUUUGGAGAUUGGUUGCGGUGGCGGUCUGUUAUCGGAACCAUUAGCAAGACUCGGCGCCAACGUUACGGCAAUUGAUCCUAUCUCGAACAGUAUUGAGAUGGCCAUCAAUCACGCCAAACAAGAUGAUCGACUCACCGAUAACUUAACGUACGAGUGUGUGACCAUUGAAGAACUAUCGGCGAGGGAUGAGCUAAAAGAGUCGUUUGACGGCGUAAUUGCCAGCGAAGUGGUCGAACAUGUGGAUGAUAUUGACUACUUCCUCAAAUGUGGCCUCAAAUGCCUGAAACCCGACGGAAAACUACUUAUAACUACAAUAAAUCAGACACCGAUAGCCGCGCUGAUGGCCAUUUUGAUGGCCGAAUAUGUCUUGCAAUUAGUUCCCAAAGGGAUGCAUCAAUACAAACUCUUCGUCAAACCAUCAGCACUGGAACUGCUUCUUCACGAUCAUAAUUGUUACGUAAACCUCAUUCAUGGUAUGGGUUAUAAUCCUUUAACUAAACGAUGGUUUUGGACACACAACCAAUGUGUCAAUUAUGCGCUCAAAGCCACUAAACACUUAUAAUUAAUUAUAUACAAUAUAUAAAUAUCAUAU